AUGGCGAACCACCAGCAGCGAAUCAGCCCAUCCCCACGAAACCCCCCUCUCCACGCUUCGUCUCUCCCUGCAACUCCAUCGGUGCAGGGGCUUUAUGUCCACCAAUAUGGGGGAAGUCAAGAAAUCCACCAAGAACCAGGCACAUCAAAGAAUAGAGCUAAGUGGGAUCACCAGAAGAGGCUAUAUCUUAUUAAACUCUUAAAAAUCCAUGAUGUGCUCAGAUUUCGGACACACAGUGCAUGGAGUAAGGAAGCUUGGACUGGGCGUUAUGCCGAAGGAAGAAGUUGUCGUGGUAUGGAUCAUUAUGCCAAUAAGGCAAUAUCGCCUUCACAAGUUUCUCCUGAUGUGCACCUGCAGUCACCUUCAGCUAGUAUACCUGCUCCUGGUUCUUUCAGUUUUGAUAUUGAAGAGGACAGGGAUGAUAUUAAUUGGUUUGAAACUCUUCGUCACAGUGCCCGGCCAUCUAGUUCAACUCCGGAGGCAGUUGAUGGUAAGCGUGAUAAAAGGCAAAAGACCAAGCACACUAUUACAACUGAACAUUUUCAUGAGAAGUACUUGAAGUUGAAAAAAGAAGAGAUUGAACGAUUCGCUGCCAUAGAGGAGAAGAAGCUAGAUGAUCCUUUCAGUAUCAACAAAUGCAUCACUGUACUUGAGGGGCUUAGUGAGCUACAAACCGGAGAUAUGCUAAAAGCAACAGACAUCUUCAAAGACAAUCCGUCAAACAGGGAAGUUUUUCUCUCAUUUGGUAGUGAUGCAUUACGAGUAGGAUGGUUGCUUAGACAAAUUUAG